AUGGACAAAUCCGUGUGUGAUGAUCAGACAACUCCUGAAUCUAAAAAUGAAGAGACUAAGAAAGAAUCAGGCUUAAAAAAGCGAUUACGUGACGCCGGAAUUGUUCCUCCAAGUGGAUUUUUCGGUCAGGUUGCGACACGCGGACUUGUUGUUAUCUUGAUCUGGGCUGUUCUCUGGUCUAUUAUUGGCCAAGAUGCUUUACCAGGAGGAAACAUAUUCGGUAUAUUCAUUGUAAUCGUUUCUGCAAGUCUUUUGGGUUUUCUAGUGGGUAGAAUUCCGUAUCUGCACCUACCCCCUCUGUUGGGCAUGCUUGUGGCUGGAUUCGUACUACGAAAUGUUCGUGGAAUCGACUUAGCCCGUCACAUUGACAAACGCUGGUCUUCAACCUUGCGAAGCAUGGCCUUGGUUGUCAUUCUUAUUCGCUCGGGACUUGGAUUAAAUACAUCAGCAUUGAGAAAACUGAAGUUUACUCUUGUUCGAUUAGCAUUCCUUCCUUGUGUGUUAGAAGCAGUUAUUGCAGCAAUUCUUGUUCACUUACUCUUAGAGAUGAAGUGGCUUUGGGCAUUUCAGCUUGGGUAAGUUGCCACUUAGUUACCAUCAGUUAACCUUAGUAAAAACCGUAAAUCACCACAAUGUACUCAAAACUGUUUACCAUACAUUUGUUCAACAAUGUAACCCUUAUGUUUAAUAAAGUGCUCACAUGAAAAGAAAAAUAGUAAUAAUUAUACUGAUCACUCCUAGGUAUGGUGGCCCAGAAGGGUCACACAUGCAAAUUAAAAAUGUUGCUGCAAACUAAAACUUUUACCUGCAAAUUAAAAAUGUUGCUGCAAAUUAAAAAUAGGACAUGCAAACUAAAAAUUGUACAUGCAAACUAAAAAUAUUACAAACAUGAAAUAUGAAUGGGCCGACGGCUGUAAGGCCAGGUCGCACGGCUCUGACCAGGUCCUCGUCACUCAUACUGCGCGCGCAGGACUUUUCAUUUUUAAUUUGCAUCGAUAUGUUUUCUAUUUUCAAUUUGCAGCAAAAUUUUUAGUUUGCAUGUACUAUAUUUAAUUUGCAGGUAAUAUUUUUAGUUUGCAUGUACAAUUUUUAAUUUGCAUACAUGUACUAUUUUUAGUUUGCAGCAACAUUUUUAAUUUGCAUGUGUGACCCUUCUGGGCCACCAUACCUAGGGGUUACUAGCCUGCCAAUACAGCCAUUUCUCCUUUCUCCUUGCCACUAAGGUCAUUUUGCCAGGAGGAACAUCUGCAACUCAGCGACAAAAAUUCCAUACUGAUGACAUAAAAUCUGUCCGGAAUCUGGUUAGGAGCUCUGAUUGGUUGACGUAGUGGUUAUAUUGUUUUAUGUAUUGUUUACAAAUGACAGAAAAAGACAAAAGGCGACAAAGGUCAAAUGUAAAUGUGGUGAACCUGCUACAAAACAGUCAAUAUUCUUAGAAUAUAUUCUCCUUUAGAAAAAGCUUCUGAGUUUUGCUGUACGUGUAGCUCAUUCACAGAAGAACACAGAAUAUUACCAUAAUCAUCCAUCCAGGAGAAACAUAAAAUCAAAGAAAUUUACAUUUGGAACCCCAUGACUACCAGAAUUAUUAUAGCAGCAAAGAACAAGGAGAAAAGGCUGUAUUCGCAGGCUAAGGGAUUACAGGAUUAGGAAAAUGUGUAUAAUAAUUAUACGACAUGCAUUACUCCCACCUCCUCCCUCCACGCUUUCUUUUUUACUACAAUAAUAUUAAAGACAUGUGUCUAACACCAAAGUUCGUAUCUGCUAAACCUUACACAGUAUGCUUAUGAGUUACAGCAAUAGAUUUUUGCUUUGGCAUUGGGUUUGGCACUUGUGAACUUCAAUGCUGACAGAAGCCUUAAAAACCAAGUUCAAUGAUAGUCAUACCCUCUACGGGGCUCACAUAUCACACCCGUUAUAGGCCCUUAAAUUUCAAAAUAACAGAUCAUGCUUUAAAAGUCAUUUAAAAUUAUAUAUCAAUGAAGUUAGCACUGGAAACUUUAAAUUCUCUUAUUUAUGUAAUGAUCAUUCAAUCCAGAUUCUCAAUUGCUUAAUAUGGGUAUGAAUAAUGUUACCAGCAGAAAGGUUGACACACUACCUUGAUGCCUUGAUUUUAUACAGAAUGGAUUCCUUGAAAAACAGGAAUUGCAUCCAAUCUUUGAAAGUAAAAGUUAUUCUGUUCAUGGUCUUAAAAGGGGAUGAACUCCUACUCAGUCAGUCUGGAUUUUUUUUUCACCCCCAGAAUGAUGGUGGCCUCAUUAUUGUCAUUUGAAAUUUUUGUAUAUAACUAAAUUUAUUUAAGAGAGGAUCAUAUUGUCCGCAGGGAACUGCUAGAAGUGAAAGAUCAAUAUUUAGAGGAAAAGUUAUUUAUGUUAACUAAAAUUAUUAUUAAUUUUAAAAAAUAUUUGAUUAUGUAUAAUGGUUUAGAUUUGUCCAAGCUGCUGUUUCCCUCGCUGUUGUAAUACCUUGUUUGCUGGACCUUCAAGGGCAACAUUAUGGAGUCAAAAAGGGAAUACCAACACUUGUUAUGGCAGCUGCUUCAUUUGAUAAUGUUCUUUGCAUUAGUGCCUUUGGAGUGUGCCUGGGAAUAGCAUUUGAUUCAGGUAAAAUAAAGUUGGAGUACAGUAAAGAGUUCAUACUUGCAAUAAGCCUCCAGAUUAUGCAGUAGUCUCCCAGAUAUGGCACCAAUCUUUGGUUGUCUCAAACGGGUCACCAGAUCUCCCAGAUUAGGUCGACUUUAAAUUUGAACCUUUCUCUGGUUUAGUUUGGAAAUCAGACCAUUUUGUCCAAAAUUCGUUUUUUUUUUAUUUAGUUUUUUUUUAAAAUUAAUUAUUUUAGUGUUCGGUUUUAAGGCAUGUAUUUCAUCACUGACAAAGAUUUAAAGCACACCAAUGUUUGGGACCAGGUCUAUAUAUUGAGGGAAAGGGGGAGUGGCAGUUUUGUCAUUGAUAUUAAUUUUGUGAGGGGUCAUGCAAAAGAGAGUCAGAGUUUCAAGAUUUUUGAUCUCCAGAAGUUAGCAUCUCUGCAUAUUGAAUGUUUUUUAGUUGAGUCUAGGCCAUGUGCUAAACAUUCAUUUGAUAUAAUAAAAAAAAUUAACCGAACAGACACUUAACAAAAUAGAAUCUAUUUCUUGAACAGAUUAUGCAGCUCUGAGGUUUUUAAAGUUGUGUCUCAUUUUAGGUAACUUGAUAUUCAGCAUAUUUCGAGGACCAAUUGAGCUGGCACUUGGUAUCACUGUUGGGUCUAUUGCCGGUGUGAUGUGUUGGUUUUUCCCCAAUAAAAACCAGGUAAUUAAUUUUAGUCUCUAUACCCAUUCAAGAGGAGAAUAAAAUGACAGGAGGGAAUCUUAGGGUGUUGGAUGGGAUAUACGAAUUUUAUAAAAGUUAUUUUUAGCUGAGAAACAUGGGUAAGAAAACUUUGUUAUCUAUGCACCCAAGAAAUUUUGUUUCUGAUAAAAUCAUCCUUACGUGCAUUCACUCCUUCAUGUAAGCCAGGGUGAAAUUUCACAUUUCAAGCACCCGCACGUUUGGCUAUUUUGCAAUUCUUCUCAUUUCGGAUGUAAAACAGCCAUAGCCGAUGUCAAGAAAAGAAAUUGCUGGGGACUUUCUUUAUAACAUAGCGAGAAUAGUUGGCUCAUUAAAUUCAAUGGCGCAAGUGUUCACAUGUUCCAUUGUGCACGCUGCCCCACAAGAGCCACAAAAAACAAGAUGAACUACGGAAACCAGAAGAGACAUAGGAAACGUGAAAACCAACCACGGGAAGCACAAGAACAAGAAGAACCAUGCAAACCACGAGAACUUAACAAAGGGAGUAAAGAGAACUACAAAAACCACAUGAACCAAAAGAACAGUGAGAAUCAGUAAAUCAGUAUACUCGACUAGUCAUCAUCAAAAAUCCUGCCUUUUUGAUCACCAAAAGUUCACUGGUGUUGAAGACUGAAAGCCCUCUUCAUCAGCCAAUUAUUAUUAAGCACUUUUGUCUUCUGCAUUAUUCUAAUGAUUGUAUUAUCUGAUUUUUACGCCUGUAUGUUUAUUUUUCCACUUUAUCCUUAGGCUAAUGUAUCACACAAUAGAUUUGUGAUUCUACUGUCGCUUUCAUUACUCUCAGUAUUUGGCAGUAAUGUGGCCAAGUUUUCUGGCGCUGGGGCUUUAGGAGUGCUUACCAUGUCAACUAUAGCAGCAUAUGGCUGGUCACCUAGUGGGAAGGUAAGUGUCUUGUUUUUCUCAUUGAUGUCUUUCAAUCUCAUAAUCAAGGUGGGUUUCAGUGUCUGUCAAAGUAUAAAUAUAAUUGUUUUAUUAAGUUUUACAUUUUUGUGCUUGGCUUAGAGGUCUCGCCUAACAUGGUCAACAACAUGCUUAGCCUAACCUACUGGUGACCCUCCUGGUCUGGUUUACCUUGAAGCCCUCCAGGUUAAGUUGUUUCCUAAGCUUUUAACCUGACCAUAGGCUUUUAACUUUUUUAACACUCAAAAUAACAUUUAAAAAAGUUAAUGGGUCGUAAACACUGAGACGCUUUUUCCUUCCUGAAAACCCUGUCAUUAGAACUGUAUUUUCAUGGCCCCACACUGGCGGUCACAGUUGGGUUCUACUAUCGCUAUGCUGACUCGGUGCAUAAAAUUGAAAAAAUAUAUGAAAAAUAUUAGGAUUUUCUCUGCCGCAUUACUUUUAUUACAGUUGAAUCGAUAUAACAGUUUGUAGCUUUCUUUUAAAAGAGGACAAAGUUUGCCCCCUUUUUAAAAUUUCUUAACUCAAGAAAUUCCAGAGAAUACAGCUACAGUUACAGCUAAUUUUGGUGGAGAACAAAAUCGUGAGGCAUUCUGGUAGUUUUACUGAAAUCGCGUAAAUAACAACGAAUUUUUAUUUGUUUUCUGUAUUAGGCUCCUGUUGCCAUGGUGAUGUCCCUUGUGUGGCAGGUAUUUGAGCCGCUCUUGUUCGGUCUUGUUGGUGCUGAAGUCAGUGUUGAGUACAUGAACUCAAAAGUUGUGGGUGUGUUGCGUUUUCCUCUAUUUUUGUUUUUUCUUUUCUCUUUUUGUUGUAGUUAUUGCUCUUUUUUGGGGGGAGGGGGUGGGGGACUAAAGUGGCAGGCCUUCAAUUUAGAGAUAAAACAUGAACAAUGUUAUUGUUACAAAAACAACUGUAUCACUACAUGUACAGUAUCUUUGAACUAUCUGUUCGCUGGGUCGCACGAUUGCUACGCAACGCUUUAUUACCGGGAAUCAGCUGACAGGCUAAUAAUUGGAGAAUUCAUGUGUAAGAGCACAACAAGUUAGUUGAUAAAAUAAUCAUACUUGGCAAUUUUCACUGCUUCAGUUCGUAUCGAAACGACCGGUCACCUAUUCAAGUAAAGCUUAUUGAAUUGACGGGAGUCGAUUGCGGCUUAAGGUGUGCCUCAUCAUCCAACUUUUUAAAGUCAAGUUUGUAUAGGAAGAGAUUGUACAAUUAUAUGUGAACAGUCGAGUCGGAGCAAUCAGCGCCACGAAAGGUUUCAAGCUCGUGCUUAAAGAUUUUCGUGACUCCGUUGCCUCCGAGCCGGCUUCAAUUCCACGGAGUCUCCAAGGAUGACAGGCGCUCGAAAAUCAGCUUCUGUUGUCUACUCAGUCUUGAUGAUUGAUUUUGUUUUCUUUUUCCGUAAGGUAUGGGCAUUGCAAGUUUAGUCAUUAGUCUGAUCAUUCGACUUAUCACUACGUAUCUUGGUUUACUCGGAAAUGACCUCAACUUGAAAGAGAGACUGUUUAUUGCCAUAGCGUGGCUACCAAAAGCUACUGUGCAGGUAUUAUAUUACGAAUAAUAAAGUUAGUAACGUGUACGGAAAUGCGCCAUAUUCCAACUUAAUUCUUCGACAACCACAAUUUAUCAAAUAAAGUUUAGUAGCAAAAUGGUUUUGUUUUUUUGCUAUGCUUUUUGUUGUUGUUGUUUUUCUUUGCUUGUUUGUGGGAUUAUUGAGCAACCUCGUUUUCAUAACGAGGCUGCAUGUAAAUCUUGUAAUUCUACACACAAAGAGAGGAUGAAACGUAAGAGAGUGAAUCCCCUUAAGUUGUUUAUAGUAACAACAUGACGGGAAUGCACAACGGUUUUUUUUGCAAUCAAAUUGAAAUUUGGUGUAAAAUUUGCAUGCCAUUUUUUCCAGCAAUGCAAAAAUUUCAAGAUCUGGAAAAUGAUGAUGAUUAUUACACUGGAAAAUAAUUUCAAGGCAAUUGUAUUAACAACAUAUUUAAAUUUUAGUUUCCCACAAUUUUAUCGCUUAAAAUGUCUUUAGAGGUUGUUAUCUCUUGGAAGUCAACGAUCCCAUGAGCAGUAGGCUGCUGCGAAAGAUAAGGAAGGCGAUUUUUGUCCGCCGUUGAUAUAUCCCUACACCAAGGUUCCAUGGUCUGAGUAACCAGGCUGGCACCCUAUGGUUUUCUCGGCGAUCCUCAAGACUCGCUAUCAAAACAAGGUUCUUCAAUAAUCUCUCAUUUGAGAAGAAAAACGCUAACUACUUGUGGUUGCAAUUUCUGGUAAAAAGCAGCCUUUUAAGCAGGAAUGUGUAGGUCGCUAAUUACUUUUACGCGAUCUUCCUCUUUAUUGUUCAUUUUGCCGCGAGAUUUUAAGCCGUUGUAAGCGAUUUAUUUCACGUUGGUUGAAAAAACCCAUGCGUAAGCUGGCAGCAUUAAUUCAGUUUUUGCCCAACACUUUUCAACAUUUGCCCAAUGUUCCCUUGAUCAUGUGCGAUCAUUCAUACAACCAAAUUCCCCCAACUUUUGUUGAACUUUUGAUAGAAAUUAGAGAUCUUGAGGUAGGAGGACAACGGCUACUACGAGGACGAGAAUCCUCACUCUUAGUGACCAAUUUUUGCUUUGUUUUGUUACAUUGCAGGCCGCCAUUGGCUCUGUAUCACUGGACCUUGCACGUCAAAAGGGUUUUACAGGGCAAAUAGAAGAAGACUUUGGAAUACAGGUGCAGCACUAUUUAGUAACUAAGUUUGCAGUUUAACAAACCUCAGGAUACACGCAAUUUUCAGUUGAAAUCUAUUCCUUUGGUAUUAAAUUGUUACGUUCUUUGCUGGAAUUUUAUCAGACCAAAUAAUCCUCUAGCCUUUGUGCAUCCUCGGAGACCCAGGGGCAGUAAUUCGGGUCGGGAGAAAAGGCGGGACGAAAGUUUUAAAGUAAGGGCGAAAGAGCCCCUGGGUACCGACUCUUAUCGAACUAUUUCCAAAACUUUAAGCGGAUGCCUGCUCCUGAUUGGACACAAAAAAUGCUUUGUAUUAUUGUACCCAAUCGGCGAACAGUUUCUUCUGAGUUCUUUUCGUGAGUUCGUACACGACCGCUAUUGUCUCCCCACACUUGCCCGGUUCGUUCACCAAGCUUGUGUGUGCAAGGGAAACUUUUAUUUUCUACUUUCCUAACCAGAAACAAAGGAACUACCGAUGAGUCGAAAAACUUUUGGGAUGCUAUCCACAGGAGCAAUUGAAUUUGCCCCGAGAAUAUUCUUUUGCUGACGGACCACAAUGUAUCCUAAAUAAUAGGGAGCUUAAGCAACAACGACGGCAACGGCUACAAAAUCGUCACUUAAAAAGUGAAUUUGCACCGCUUCAAACUUUAUCGCGCUUAUUCCAUCUCGUUUACUUCGUCAAAUGUUGGCAACUGUUUUUGGAGUUGAAUUCUGAAGGGCUGUAUCAAAGUUCAGGAAAAGAAAAGAAAGUUGUUGUCUUGUGUUCCCGUCCUCGACAAAACGUGAAUUCAGGCACUUUCACGUUGUAGUCGGGCAACGACGGCAAAGAAAUGUACAAAAAAAGCGUGAUGCACGUGCAAACUAUGAAGCUGUUGUUUUGCUAAUCAAACCUAUUGAUUUUUUGUCGUUCUCGUUGCCGUCCGCGUCGUCUUUGCUUAAGCUCCCUAAUAGGAAGUUGAAGUUGGGGCGCCGAUGAUAAAGUCAAAUAAGCAAUUAAGCUUGACAAGGCAAAACAACAACUUUGCACGUGCAUCACGCGUUUUUGUACAUUUCUUUGCCGUCAACUCCACGACUACCCGUGAAAAUGCCUAAUUUCACGUUUUGCGGAGGAUGUAAACAAGCAAUGACAAAAUUUAUUCUCCUCAUGAACUUGGAUAUGGUUGAUAGAAAUUCAGCUCCAGAAGAGUUCGUUUGUAUUUGACAAAGUAAGCUAGUUGGAAUAAUCACGAUAGAUUUUCGGGCACAUCGUCUUUAUAAGAGUAAAGACACUUAGCAAUACAAAUCGGAAGAAUAAGGGCUUAUAGAGUGUUUUCACUCACGUGGCUAGCAUCUAUGCAAAUUUACUGAAACAAAAGAAAGCGUUUGCAUAAGAAAAGAGUUCAAUUCCCAGAGGAUUGGUUUAGGACAUCAACAUGGCCGCCGUUUCAUUGUUUUGGGACACCAAUAUGGCCGCCGAGACGUCAUGUGAAAACACUCUAUAGGGGCGGAAAAGGACUGACUUCCACCCCACCCCUGCCAAAUUCAUUGGUAGGACUUGGGUUUAAUACUUACCGGUAUUUGCAAAAGAGAGAGAUGACAAUUUUUUUUUUGUUUUUAAUCAAACUCUACCCAGACGUGUUUUGUUCCGGUUGUCUAUUAUCGUGGUCAAGAAACCGAUCCUUGUUUUGUGUCCUGUUGUUUUUCCCUGUGGACAAAUUUGAUUUUGGUUGAUUUCUAGAAAGUUCUCGGGCAUGAAGUAUUUCACCCUAUUUCCGUUCAUUUGUUGUUUUUGUUUUGUUGGCGCUUUUUUUUUUAGAGGUCAUACGAAAAUCGCUCUAUCACAGCCCUUCUCUGUUGCCUCAUUACAACAAAUCGGAAUCUUAAACGCCCUUUAUUUACCUGUGAUUCUCACUAAUUAUUAAUUAGUUCGACUCGGCUGUGGCCGACUUAGUAGUAGCAGUAUUUGUAAAUAGUUCCUUAUUUUAUGAUAGAUCUUGACUAUCGCCGUCCUUUCGAUACUCAUCACUUCACCCAUUGGAGCUAUAGGAAUCGUCGUAGCAGGUCCCAGAAUGCUUCAUCGCAGCCAUCCUGAAGAAGUUGAUAUGAAUCCGCUCACGGACGCUACAGAACCUGCCACGAACAGAAAAGAUCAGAAUAAAGUGAUAGAAAGUAGUGUCUGA